CAUCUUGAUGUAGUUCAGUACCUCGUUAGUCAAGGAGCAGAGGUAGAGAGGGGUGAUAAUAAUGGUUUGAAACCACUUCAAGAUGCAUCACACGAGGGUCAUCUUGAUGUAGUUGAGUAUCUCGUUAGUAAAGGGGCACAGGUAACGAGGGGUGAUAAUAAUGGUUCGACACCACUUAUUAUGGCAUCGCAAGGAGGUCAACUUAACGUAGUUAAGUACCUCGUUAGUCAAGGAGCACAGGUAGUGAGGGGUAAUAAUAAUGGUUCGACACCACUUCAUUUUGCAUCAAAAGGAGGUCAUCUUGACGUAGUUCAGUACCUCGUUAAUCAAGGAGCAGAGGUAGAGAGGGGUGAUAAUAAUGGUUUGAAACCACUUCAAGAUGCAUCACACGAGGGUCAUCUUGAUGUAGUUGAGUAUCUCGUUAGUAAAGGGGCACAGGUAACGAGGGGUAAUAAUAAUGGUACGACACCACUUGUAGAGAGGGGUAAUAAUAAAGGUACGACACCACUUCAUUUUGCAUCACACGAAGGUCAUUUUGAUGUAGUUCAGUACCUCGUUAGUCAAGGAGCACAGGUAGAGAGGGGUGAUAAAAAUGGUUUGAAACCACUUCAAGAUGCAUCACACGAAGGUCAUCUUGAUGUAGUUGAGUAUCUCGUUAGUCAAGGAGCACAGGUAGAGAGGGGUAAUAAUGAUGGUUCGACACCACUUCAUGUUGCAUCACAAGGAGGUCAUCUUGAUGUAGUUCAGUAUCUCGUUAGUCAAGGAGCACAGGUAGAGAGGGGUAAUAAUGACGGUUCGACACCACUUCAUUUUGCAUCAAAAGGAGGUCAUCUUGACAUAGUUCAGUACCUCGUUAGUCGAGGAGCACAGGUAGAGAGGGGUAAUAAUAAAGGUUCGACUUCACUUCAUGAUGCAUCACACAAAGGUCAUAUUGAUUUAGUUCAGUAUCUCGUUAGUCAAGGAGCACAGGUAGAGAGGGGUAAUAAUAAUGGUUUGAAACCACUUCAAGAUGCAUCACACGAGGGUCAUCUUGAUGUAGUUGAGUAUCUCGUUAGUAAAGGGGCACAGGUAACGAGGGGUAAUAAUAAUGGUACGACACCACUUCUCAAGGAGCAGAGGUAG